AUGUGCUCGUAUUUCUGUUUUGAGACAAAUUAUACGUUUUUCCAGAAGAUCGACACGUCGAACAGAUGCAGUUGCUUUCAAGAACAUGGUACAGGAAAUAGCUCCUUCGCAGCAUUAAUUUGUGAUCCAUGCUCAAGUGACGGAUCCGAAGUUUGCGGAUGUUAUCACCAAGGUCAUGAGACAAAAACAACGAUAUUCGCAACACGCUUCCAAUACGACUUCCAACGAGGAGUAUCGACUUAUUCUCACUGCAGAAACAGAAACAAAGAAAGUUACAAAAUAACUGCAAACUGUCCUGAUGGAUGCGAUCCGGGAUGGAGAGGUGAUUCAUGCAGAGAAAGAGAUUGCUCAUCAGAAACAAAUGGUACCAAUGUGAGGUUUUCAGGAAGAAUUUGGCCUUGCAUAAACCACCUUAUUACAGUUCACACAUUAUUGAACACGACAACCAUGAGGUCGAACGAAACGUUCGACGUGAGCAAUAGAGAAGACAUCAGAGACAAAGUCAACUUGUGCAGGUUCGGACCAGAAAAAGCGAUACAGGAAACUCCAUGA